AGAAGAAGAAUCAUUAAAAGUAGCAGAAAUUUUUUAGACGCGAUUAAUUUUGAUAAGUUUUCAAAUUACAAUAUCAUCCCCAAAAACCCUAUUAAAUAACAUAAAUUUUAUAGAAAAAUGAAAUUUACAAUCUUAAUUACACUUGAAAUAUGAAAUUUUAUUAGAAAACUGUGAUUUAGGCACUAAAAAUUGCUAUUGAAAAAUUCUCUAACUCGUGCACGGUCUACUCUCUACUGCUACAUAAUUGAUUGAUUUUUUUUUUGUAACCACACUGGUCGAGACACACAACUACACUCCGUAUAUUUUGUGCACUUGGAAAAUUUAUAUUGUACAUAUUGAGGUGAAGAUGAUAAUGAUGAUGAUGGUGAUCACGAUGAUGAGGUUGAUGAUAAAUAAGCAAUAACUAUUACUAAAUGUGUGUAGUGUGGUUGGAACACUCAAGCAUUGAAUGAACAAAAUUAAAACAAAAUACACAUGAAAAAAUACAGAAAAAUAAAAAAAAUGAUAAAAUAGUGAAUUGUGUAAGUUGAAAAGCGAUGAUUUUUUGUUUUAAGUACUAAUAAUAAUAAGUAAAGGUUUAAAAAGAUAAGAAAUUGUUAUUAAUAUAAAGAAAACUACAUGACGGAAUCGGUCACAAAAGAUUUCGACAGCGUUUUUGUAGAGAAUGCAGCAGAAGUGGCCGCCGACACUAAUAUCAGCAGCAGUGCGGUCGAUUUGGAGGUCGUGAAUGUGGUGGCCGCUGGCAAUAACGGAAAAAACGACAUUAAAGUGUCUGAAGAGGGUGUUGUCAAAUUGUCAUUUGGUUUUUUAGACGAUAUGCAAGGUGGCGACAGUAGUUUAGAACCGGGAGAGGUAAAAACUCCUCCCCCUGGAUCUAGUCCAGCCACGGUUAAGGAACAUACACCUUCACGGUUGGCCCAGGAACGACCAGAACCACCGACCAAACAAUUAGCCAAGGAUACUUUAGCUAAAGCUUUAAAAACUGUAUCACAAUUGGAGGCGGAAGCUUGUGAGGAAAAAGUACGUGCAAUUUUAGAAUUAGAUGCAAAGAGGCGUAAAGAGGAGGUAGAAAAACGUAAAUUGGAGGCUGAAAAGCGUAGGCAAUCAGGAGAAACUGAUUUGGAAUUAGAGCGUAAGCGUAGAGCUAAAGAAGAGCGUAAGAAACUAAAGAAAUUAAAAAAGGCCCAAAAGGCAGCAGAUAAGGCUUUAAUAAGCGGCGAUGAAGAUAAUACUGAAACAGCUCAAAGUAAAAAGCGUAAAAUGAAAAAGGCCACUGAAUCGGAAGAAAGCGAAGGUUUAUGUUCUUCCGGUGCUGAAGAUGAUGAUGAGCAUGUUAGCGAAAAACAGGGCAAUAUAUUAAAUUCUGCCAUUGCCAUACCUUCUAUGCCAGCAACACGUUAUCCACCACAUUUGCCGCCUCCUCAUAUUUUAACCGAAGCAUUUAUGGGUGGUUUUCGUCCGAUGAAUCCUUUUAUGCGUGGUCCCCGUCCUGACUUUUCGCAUGGUCGUGGUGGUGGUUUUAUACCAAGAGGUCGUGGUGGUAUGCGUGGUGGUCGCAUGCCCUUUCAAGGUUUUCGUCCACCCUUUUUUGCAGGCGUUGGUAAUAGUGGUGGUGCAGCUCCUAAAUUUAAUGUUCCUCAUGGUUCGCAUGGUCUUCAGCAACGUCAUCAUCAUCACCACCAUACUCCGCCACCUAAUCGUGGUCAUUCACCUAUACUGCCACCAUCUUCGGAUUUACUAUGGACAAAAUGUAAACCAACCUUAUCGUAUGCAUUUAAAUACAACAAAUUCCAUAACGCUCAUUCAGACACAAAACCACACAGUUCAAAUCGAGAGCCAUCAGAAGAAGAUUGGAAUGAUGACAGUCCAAGAGCUGAUAAUGAGCAAAAACAAGAUGAUGAUGAUUAUAAACAUAAUCAACAUGAACAAAUACGUAAAAAAGACAAAAAGCACAAAUCACUCUCGAAAGAAAAGAAAAAAUCGAAAAAACAUAAAACAAAAGAAGCUAAGAAAUCAAAAAGGCAUCGAAAAUCCCUGUCCACUUCAUCGCUAACAGCAAAACAUAAGAAAAAAUCAAAUAAAUCGAGUAGAAGAAAAAUUGAAAAAAUACGUAAAUCCUAUGGAUCAUCGAAUAGAUCAACACCCACACAGCAGCAGCAACAAGAACAUUCUUCAGAAGAUACAGAAACAACAAAUGUGAACUUGAGGGAUAAGUUAGAGAAAGAGCAGUAUCCAGAGAAAACCCUGGAAGAAAAAAUGCCCAAUGAAGAAGAAAUACGUAAUAAAGUGGAAAAUAUUAAAAAAGAAAAAAUAGAAACCACUGAAUUAAAAAUAGAAGAUUUAACUCUAAAGGUAAAACCUUUAAUUAUAAAAGUGGAACCUACAGAGGAAGGAGUGGAAAAAGUACUAGAGAAAGCAAAAGAAAGCCAGGUGGCUAACAAAAGUGAUUUGCCAGCAGCCUUCGAUAUAUUUGCUGAAUCACCCCCGCAUACUCCUGGUAUUUCGAUAUUAAACAAAAAACCAACCCAAAAGAAACCAGCAGAAGAGGGUAAUGUUACUCCACCCUUGCCGUCCUUAAGUGAAAAUAAAUUGCAAAAAUCUUCCUCAUUACAAAAUGCUUUAGAAAUACAAAAACGUAUAGAUAAACUAUUACAACAAGAUGAUAUCAAAUUGGAGGCCAUAGAAGCGGCUAAAGAAAUGUUAAUGAAGAAAACACAAAAAUAUCAAAGUACAAAGGAAAAAUCAACACCCGAAAGGGAAUUAAACAAAGUCAUGGAACAAAAAACCGUAGAAGAAACUAAUAAAAUAAAGAUAACAACAACAAUUCAAAAGGAGGAGAGUUCAACAGCAAAAGAAAAACCCAAGGCCUAUAAGGAUAAGGAACCUAUUAAAACAUCCAAAGAUCUUGAUAAAGAAAAAGAGAAACCCCGAGAUUCUUCUAAGCAGGGAGAGGGAAAGGAUGUUAAACAUAAGGACAAAUCAACAAUUUCUUCUAAAGACAAAUCCAAAGAAGAGAAGAAAGAUGAGAAGAAAACCAAAAGCUAUGAUAAAGACAAGCAUCAUAGUGAAAAGGAUUAUGAGAAAGAUAAAACACGCAAAGAAGUUUCCUCAACAUAUCGUAAUCCCUUCAAAAGAUCCAUAUCACGUGAUAGAUUCUUUGGCAAAAUUGAUUCGCGACGCCGUACACGCACCCAUAGUCGUGAACGUGAUUUUACAGCGAAACGACGUCUUUCUAAGGAUCACAAACGAGGCGAUAGUUCUGGUUACAGUUCAAGUAGAAUAUCUUCUAAACGUCGCAUAAGUGCCAGUAGUUCAGUCUCAAUUAUACUCAAUCGUUCAAAAUCAGGCGAACGGGAUGUAAAAGGAUCUUUAGAUUCGCUAAACUCUAAGGAUCGAGAACGUAAAGAUAAAAAGAGAGAAAAGACACCAGAACUAAAAACUAAACGUAAACGUUCUUUAUCGCCUAAACGUAAAAAUGACAAAGAAAAAGAUAGUACAGCAAAAAGUAACCAAAAUGAUAAAACUGUUACAGUAGAUGGGAAAUCAACAACGCCACCACCUAAAUCAAAUAAAAGCCAGGAUAGGGGUCAAGAUAAAGCUGCCCUAAAAGAAACUAAGAAAUCUAAAUCACCUGUUAAGCCGGCCGCCAAAAAGAGACCACUUUCAUUUACCCAAACUGAAUUUCUGUUUCCAGAAGAAGGCAAUGAAGACGAUUUCAUUUUGGGCGAUGAUGACGAGACCAAUGAUUCAUUUAAAAACCUUAAAUCACCUAGUGACAAGGAGGAUAGUCCCGACACCGAUGAUUAUAUGGAUAAUUGGGAAAAUGAUGAAGAUGUUGAUCUUGAUAUGAAUUCAAAUAUGCCCACUGAUAUGUCUACACCAAGAAAAUCCUCACCCGAUAUAACAGAAGAGGAUUCAUUUGUUACACGUUACGUUAAUCCCAGUCCACCGAAGGAGUUAUUGCAAAAACAAAAUGAAACGGAGACAAAAACUAAAGAAAGUGAACAGAAAAUUGAAGUCGAUACACUGCCUUUGACACCGCCAUUGGACUUGCUGAAAAAACCUGCAGUAGAUUUAGAACAUAAAGAGUUACAAGAGGAGAAUAGCAAACAAGCUAAAGACAGUCUUGAGGCUAAAAAACCUGAACUGUUUGGCAUGCAGGAAUUAUAUGAUCAAUUUAUAAAAAGUGUAGAGGCUUCUGGAGUCAACAUGAAAUCGAAUAAUAAAGAACAAAAACCUACAAAUGAGGAGGAUAAUGCGCAACAAGCAGACGUUUUAUGUGAUGAAAUAAAUCAAACACAAAAUCAAGGUGAAGAUCCUUUAUCUACGUCAUCCACCUCAACAUCAUCAACAACUUCCUCUUCUUCUUCAUCAUCGUCGGAAACAAAUUCUUCUUCAAGCUCAUCUUCAUCAGAUUCUUCAUCGGAUGACAGCAAUGAUGGUGAUGAGUUUAACAAGUCUGAUAAACAUUUAACAAAGAAAAUUAAACUUGAGGAAGAUUUAACAUCUAUAAGUUCUCCAGUUGUGGAUAACAACUCCAAAGGUAUGGAAACCAUUACCACGAAAUCUCCCAUAGUUGAAAGGGAACCUCGAACACCGUCUCCUUCGCCUCUACAAAAGAAUUUGUUUAUAACACAAACUCCACCAACACCCAUCUCUCAAAAAUCAACUCCUAAAUCAGAUGUUGCCAAAGAUUUCAAAAAACUAAAAAAUCUGGAAGCGAACUUAUCGCGCAUACAAAUGAUGAGGGCCAAUUAUGAUUCCAAUGAUGAAAUCAGUGAGGAAUUGCAUAAAAUGGAAAUGUUAUUCUUGCAAGAAAAGAAAAUCAUUUUACAGAAAUACGCCAAGAAUACGGCAGCCGCUGAAAAGCCCACAACUACUGUUGCUGCAAAAACAGUCGGAGAGUUUGUGCCCGCUUUACCGACCAGUGAUUUUGAUCUACUGCCACCUCCGCCACCUCCCGAAGAACCCAAUAAAAUAUUUGAUGCUAAUCGUGAAGCCAUUAAAUUGACAAUUUCUCCCAUGAAAUUACCCUCUAAACCAGCCAUAUUUAAUGUAGCGCUAAAUGAGGAAACGGAAAAGAAGCCAUUGGAGGAUAAAGAUGAAAUAGAUUUCACUGAAAAGCUAGUUAAACCAGUCAAAGAAGUGGCCAUAGUUAAGCCCAUGAUGGAAACUAAAGAGUCAAAGGAAUCACGCACUAGAGAUUCUCAUCGUCAUAGACGUUCACCGGUGUAUGCAGGCAGUCGUGAGAGGCCAAGAUCACCCAGCAAUUACAGAGAACGCAAUCGCAGAUCGUCUUCUAGAAAUCGUUUUAGUCCUCAGCGUAGAGGCCGUGGCAGAUCUUUAUCGAUAAGUCCUCCACGUAGGGGAAUGGGUGGUGGUAUACGUCAUGGUUCACCGCCCCGAAGAGGAGCUGCUGGUGGCAGAUUUCGUGUUUCUAAUAGGAGAUCUCGUUCUCGCAGUCCUUUGCGUCAAUUUGGCAACAGGCGUGCUAAAGAGGGAAGCCCUUUCCGCCGCAAGCGAGGACAGCAGCAGGAUUUGCAACCGCAUUACAAAAAGUUUGCACGUCAUCGUGGUUCACGCUCCAGAUCACCACAAGCAAGACCUAGAUCUCCCAGAACUCCGCCACCAAGAAGACGUUCCUACAGUCCAGAUCCUUACUCAAGAUCACCGCUGCCAUUUAAACCACCUUCACCGCCCAUGCGUCGUAGUAUGUCUCCAGCGGAUUCACCUAGUUCCGCAAGACGUUCACGAUCUCCAGCUUCACCGCGCAGACCGAGAUCUCCACGUUCUCCUCGUUCACCACAAUCUCCCUUAUCACCACGUUCACCCCGAUCGCCAAGAUCUCCCGAUUCUCCACCCUCGCAUAGAUAUGAUGAUCAUAGAUAUAGACGUGAUAAUAGUUUUGAAAGACACUCUUCCAUUUCACCACAUCCCCAGUACUAUGGAUCAGACUCUUUGGCGUCGGGUGUAUCAUCACAAGCUUCAUCGUACUAUUACAAUGUUUCACCAAAUCGCAUAUCAUUGGAUGCACGCAUAAAUAUUGUACUCAAUGCACCGGGUACUGGGAGCGAUACACCACCAGCUGGUUAUGAAGGUUACACAAACUAUGCUCAAUAUGGUGGUGCAGCUUAUAUGUCUAUACCACCACAACCCAUGACAGAUCCAGCUAAUAAUAUGGGUUAUUAUCCAAAUCCAUAUGUACCAAUCAUGCCAUCAACACACGAGUCACAUCAUGGUAUAACACAACCCACCCCCCAUAACCUACAACAUGCCACUCAGCCCCAUCAUCCCAACAUGCCACCACAUCUACAGCAACAGCCACAUUCUCCUGCUUACUCCAAUAUACCCACCAUAAAUAGUGGUGUGGCAGGACCGUCAUCACCACUGCCACCGAACAAUUUUUAUUAUAAUGAUUUCAAUAUGUCGCAUCAACCCAGCAAUCCAGUGCUCAAAGAAUUACCAAAAGCUCCUGUGGCUGUCCAAAAGGGUAAUGUUUUGGAAAUUGUACCCUCAAAUGUGGAAACUGCUCAAUCUCCUCUACAAAGUCAAAAAUUGAAAACUUCACCAAAUUUGGCUGACAGUAUUAAAAGUCAUAUUGAUAAAAUUUCCUCUACAAUAUCCUGGAAAGAUGAAGUCAAUAAUCGUCAUGUUAAGUCAGCCGUAAUGAAACUAAAUCGUGGCGGUGAAAAUGUAAUGAGAAGCAUUUUAAAACGUUCCGAGGUAGCGGAGAAAACCGACAAACUUGAAAAGAAGAAGGUCUACUUUGAAGAUGGCAUUUAUCCCAGUCGUGAUAGUGAUGAUGAAGAUCGCAAACUUAUUGAAUAUAAAAUACGCAAAAAAGUAUUACGUCUGCGUAAAAAGCGAGGCAUUGAUGUGCCGGCCGCACGUGAGCUAGGAGAAGAUAAGCUUAAACUUAAGCUACGCAAACCGAAAAUAGAUGCAGCUUUAGAAAAAUUACCACCACCACCACCGCCCACCACAAUGCCACCGGCAAAUCUAGAGCAACCCAUAUAUUUAAGGCCACCAACUCCAGUACCUUUGGUUUAUUUCCAUUUCGAUUCGGUGGUUCACUCAAUGUAUGUUUCACAAUUGGAGAAACCCAUACCACCCAGACUGUUAAAUCCAAAAUGUGUACCACCCGGAGCUGGUACCCCUGCAGCAGGUAUUGUGACUACAGCGAAUAUUGCUGCCAAUCGUUCGCCUAAUCUUAAUUUGCAAGGUAGUGCAGCAGCUACUAAAAAGGAAUUAACUACAUUGGCAGCUUUAAAUCGUGUGGGUAGAAAUGAAAAUGCCCAGAAUUCACCCAAAAUGUUGGCAGAUCCUAAAAGAGAAAGUCCAAACUCACAGCAAUCACCCUUAAUGACGUUAAAUAAACCCAGCAGUUUACAUUUUGCACCCACUCAAACAUCACCACAAAUGUCUCCUUUACAUGGACCGGCCAUAAGACAUCCGCCUUCACCUAUAGGUUUUGUGGGUAUGCGUAUUAAUAAUUUCAUGCGUCUACCACCUUCACCCUUAACUAGAGCCAGCACAGUACCGCCUCAUAUGCAAAACCCACCACCAAAUAUGGCAAAUUUACCGCACGGCAUGUCGGGCAUGAGACAUCCACAAUAUAAUAUGCCACCACCAAAUUUAAUGCCUCCAGGUAUGACGGCCGAUAAUAGCUAUAAUACACAUGGAGGUGGUUCACCUUAUGCAGCUAUGCCACAGCCACCACCUGGUUUUCAUGGUGGCUAUGGUCAAAGGCCCAUGAAUAGCGGCUUCUUUAUGGGUCCUGCUGCAGCACACACCAUGCAUCCACCACCGCCAAUGCCGGGUAAUUCACAUUCUAAGGAUAAAGAGCACAUGUUACAUCAUCAGCACCAACAUCACCAGCAGCAACAGCAUCAACAUCAUCAUAAUCUUCACCCGCAUGCGCAAUUGCAUCCACAACAACAUCAUCAUCCUCAUCAUCAGCAACAUAAACCUCCGCCUCCUCUGCCGCCGCCGACUUUAGGUAGUAGUGUGGUUGCUGCUAGUCCCCAGGCCAUGAUAGCCCCCUAUAAUGUGAAAAAGACUGUUAAUUGAAUUAAAAAAAACACACACACACAACCAAACUCUAAACUAAAGCGUCAUAAAUGCAAUCUUCUUAAAGUCCAUAACAUCAAUAGCAUCCUAAAUUCAUACACACACAGUUGCAAAGUGUAUGAAAUUGAAGAAAAAACAAACCAAACCAAUUUUUUUUUUUUUUUGUAUUUAAAUAUUAUGUUAAUAAUAUAUUUAUAAUUAAACUGAAUUAUUUUAAUUUAUAUUUUUAUUUAAAAACCUAACCUAACGACUCCUUUUAACAAAUACAAUUUUAAAACUCGCCUUUAUUUUCUUAGAACUUUUUAUAGAUUAUUAAGAUGUUAAUUAAAUAUUUUUUUAAAUUGAUUUAAAGUUCUUUUUAAAUCCGGCUAGUUUUAGUGACAAUAAUUGCAAAUGGUGUCAUUUAUUUAGUAUUAUUUCCAAAAGCAAACUCUAACUAUCGAAUAUAACUUUUCUCUAAACAAACAAACAAACAAACAAACACAAAAUUCUUCAUUUUUAUCGUUUCCUUUCUCAUAAUUUGAAUUGUUUUCUAGUUCUUUUUUUGUUGAUUUUUCGCCUUUUUUCCUUAACAUAUUGAAAUUAAGUUCAU